GAAAAGGCUUAUUUAAAGGAUGUGUCUCUGCAACUCUGAAGGGAGAAGUCUUUCCAUCAAGCCUGAAGAAAAGUGUGUUCCUAGCAUCGCAUUGAAGCUGUUACUUCUCAUGACACAAGACAAGGACAGGAUGAGGGUCCCGGCUGCCCUCACAGGCUGGGCUUGUGCAGCUCUCUACCUGGCUUCCUACUCCACUGCCUUUUCCCAUGGUGCCGGCUCGGUGGCCUGUGAGGACAUGCAGCCCAAGCACAUUCCAGCCCAGCCCCAGAGUCCCUGGACCCACCACCUCACCAUUCACACCAGCAGAUCCUCCUACUUGCCCGGAGACACCGUCCCAGUGACCGUGAGGAGCAGUCGGGAUUUCAUGGGAUUUCUACUACAGGCUCGAAGAGUCUCUGAUCAUCAAAUAGCCGGCAUUUUUGUUUCCAUUCCUCCUCAUUCCAAACCGAUGACUUGUUUUCAAGAGGCUGACACAGUCACCCACUCUGACAAGUCCCGGAAGAGAAACCUGGCCUUCGAGUGGCAGGCUCCUGCCCAGCCUGUGGGGGACAUCAGAUUCUUUUUAUCAGUCGUCCAGUCUUAUUUUGUUUACUGGGAGGGGAUUGAAUCCUCUGUGGUGUCUCAACAGACAGGCAGUGGAGCCCCGGGUAACAGCCGUGUGCAGCUGGGCUCCCUGACGCCAAGCCCCGGGUGGAGGCCGGAGGGAACCGAAGGAACCCCCCCAGCUCUCAGUCCCCCCACCACUCUUCCCCAGAAGCAUGCAGACAUCUUUGCUGUUGCGCUAACUGGAGCUGCAGAGGAGAAUAGCUUAGAUCCUUCUCCUCCCAGUGUUUGGGUGAUGGAGUCUCCUGGGGGUGCAGAGACUCUGUUCCAGUCAUCUUCACACAUAGCUACUGCAAUCAGCCAUGGCCAGCAACCCAGAGGGAAAAGCAGGCUAGCCACAGAACCAUCCAGGAAUGUCCAUGGGCUGGAGAGACUCAUGGCUCCCAGGAGAUUCUCCUCAGAGGGCAGUGCUUCCAGCCCCAGCACCUACCUCAGGACUCAGGAUGAUCCAAGCCUUGGUUCAUUGGAAACUUGCCUGCCCUUGGAUAGGGAUGAGCAGGACAAGACGGAGUCCUCUAAUAGGACUGUGAUGAGCCCUCCUCUGUCCACUGUCCAUCUUACCUAUCCUCGGCAUCUCUGGUCCUCUGAAGCAUUCACUGGGAGUGAGGCUAGGGCAGCCAUACCGACCCCUGUCUUCCACACUUCUGCCACAUCUAGGCCACCUGCUGCAGGCAGCCAGUCAGAGGCAUCUAGGUCUUCUGCCAGCUUCUUACCUCAGUCGACGUACAAGGAGCCCAGAGUGGGGGAGGGAAAAGGAGGGGACAGAGGCGGAUACCCCAGGAAGCCCAUCCAAAGGUCUGAGAUUGGGCAAGAGGGACCCAGUGCUCCUUCAGGAAUCCAGCUCAGGACUCCCCAGCUGGGACUCCUGCUUUGCCUUUCAGCCAUCUUGGGCAUGGCCCUGGCUGCUGGCCUUCGUUACCUGCACACCCAAUAUUGCCACAUGCAGAAGGAAGUGUCCUUCAGCGAGCCUGCUGGGGAUGCUGUUACCGGGACCAAUGGAGGUGAGACCGUACAUGUCAGGAAGAUCGGGGAGGACAGUUUUGUUUCAGUUGAAGUGGAAUACAACUGGAUCACUUCCUCUGUGGGUAGCGAGAAAACAGUCCUCUGAGUGGCCCUCCCUAGACCCUGUGAUGUCUCAGCCAGAACGGAGCUAAUGAGAAUAGCUGAUGAGGACAGGGGCUCCCUGUGCCCCCCAUCAGUGAACAGUUAGUGGAGGAAGCUGUGAGCCGACCGUUUUAUCAACAGAGGGAGUUCUUCCCGAGCUUUGUUGUCUUAACAUCUGUAAUUUAGCAGCUUUUUUUCCUUUCACAAUUAGACGUUCUGUUUGAAGAGUUAAACUCCACACAAUGAAUAUUGUAUAACCUGCUCAUUAACUAGACUCCUGUGGCCGCUAAGCUUCCUCUGUUGCCUUAA